CAACCUCAUUUUUGCUUGACAGGCGGCAUGUGGCGAUCCUCCCUCAUCUUCGCGAGGAAGCAGUCUCUGUUUGCCGCGGCUGCUGCAGGCGCCGCUGCCUUCUCAUCUCUAAACGUCGUAUCCUCGUGUGACGGCAAGAUUGAGGACGCCAGCACCGCAUCGUCGUCGCAGGCACAGCCCGAAUUCCCCACGGAAGCCGAGAAAAUUGUCGGUCGUUACGAGAAUCGAUUGCGUCGAUUCAGCAGUCCUGAGCGAGUGUUCCAGUACUUUGCGAGCAUUCGACUGGACAAGCAACCGUACAUGACCCGCCAAGACUUUAUCCGAGCGUUGACCCCGUAUUCAUUCCGCAAAGGCGACCAGUUGCACUCGAAAAACACCGAAUUCAACCCGAUGAUGGCGUUUAGCGCGCCAAAGAAGGCCGAUGUCGACACAUACAAAGCGUUGGUUCAAGACAUCAUGCGCUUGGGCGAACACGACGAGUGGAAGAAGUCGACGGACGCGAAAAAGGAAAUGGAAGCACUGAUGACAAAGUUGACCCACGACCACGACAUUGACUUACAGACGCAUUUGCUCGUGCUGCGGGAGCUCAACGUGACCUGCCGCGAAUUUGAAAGCUUUGUGGAGAAGCAUGGCGGGCCAAAAGCGCACCGCGAGGCGUUCUUCGACUUGGUGGAUGCCGACGGCGACGGACUCAUCUCGUACCCCGAGUACAUGUUCUUCACGACCCUUCUGAGCAUCCCCGAACGACAAUUCGAACUGGCCUUCAAGAUGUUUGACAACGACGGCAACGGCGUGAUCGAUCACCGCGAGUUUAAAGAGAUCAUGGACUUGAUGCGACUGCGCACACCCUCGGGGCGUCAAGACCGUCGAUUGAAGGAGAACUCGACCCCGGCGUUCAAGAACUUGUUUGGCGAGUGGGAGCGGGAUCCUCUCACGUAUGAAAAAUUUCGCGCAUUUCGCGCCAACUUGAAGCGCGAAAUCAUGCAUUUGCAUUUCGCGCAUUACGACGUGGACGGGAGCAAGGAGUUGUCGGCGCGCGAGUUUGGCAUGUUCAUGGUGUCCCAUGUCAACCAAACCGAGUUGGACCAGUGGGUUGAAAAGGUCGACAAGCUGCAUGGCGUCGAGGUAGAUUCGUCAGGCGGUCGUUUACUCGUGAUGGAGGGGUUGGCGAUACAUGGGAUGUGUGUGUAGAUGAGCAUCACGGAGCAAGAGUUUAUGGACUUUUACAGCUUUUUGGAAAACCUGGAUGCGAUGAAGGUUGUGCGACAAGGGGAUACAUAUAUGAUGGUUCUUCUUCACGGGGAACAUAACGACUGCGUGAGUAGGUUGCCAUGGAACUGGUCAUGGAGAAGCAUGGCUUGGACAAAGAUCAAUUCUACCGAGCAACGCGUGCGGCGUGCAAUGGAGGCCGGCCGUUGGUGUCCCGCCAAAUUGUAGACAUCAUUUUCGCCCUCUUUGACGAAAGCGGUAGUCAUACAGCAUAAUGCAUGCAUCACACUCAACUUUAAUCUCAUCAACGAAUACCUAGGGGAUGGCGCGGUGUCGCCGGACGAAUUCCUCGGUGUGAUGGAAACGAGGCGCAGUGCCGGCCUUCGUGAAGUAGUUACUUGCUUUCUGUCGCAAUGCAAUGUCUCAUGAAUGUCAUGCUAGCGCCGCGACCUGGGAGCCGUCGAGUUCUUCAAGCGCAUCAAGUCGUGCUUCCUAGAGUGCGUGGCCGACGCGCCAUAAAUUGUGAUAAUGGAGUGGUUGGUCUGUCUCCCAAAGAUCCAAUUCUCAAAUGAAAAUAAUUUGAACAAAUCAAAUAUAAUAUCUUUCUUUUUGUAUACUCAA